AUGAGCCAGCCGCCAAUGCGACCCUCACUACCACCACUUCAGUCAGGAACCCAAGGAUGCUUCGGAUGUGGUCAGCCAGGCCAUGUCAUGAACAACUGCCCUGAGAUCCAGAAAUACAUCUCAAAGGGCCAGGUUCUGAAAGACUAUCGAGGGCGUAUCACGGACAAGGAUGGUCGAGUCAUCAGACGGCAGGAGGGCGAGAACAUCGUCCAGGCAAUUGAACGCACCCUUCCCAAGGUGAACUUCAUAGCCUAUGAUGGACCAGCACAGGAUGUGGACAAUGAAGACGAGGAUCCGGAGCAGGCCGACGUCAUGGUCUAUCCAGUGGAGAGAGCCCAACGCAUCACCAGGCCUUACCGCAAGGAGACCUUUGACGGCGUAGGCGUCCCCUCAAAAGGAAAGGAGAACCCGAAGGAUAAGCCGAAGAAGACGGAGACUUCGCAGAAGGCCACUGCUGUGCAUCGCCUUCCCAUGCAACGUCUGGUGCCAGUUGAGACUCAGCCUAUGGCAUUCAACCCUGAUAAUGAUGUGGACAUGAUUGACAACCGCACUCUGACUCAGCGGAAGAAGCCAGCCCCUACGGAGCCAGCCACCAUGGACAAACCUCGUUGGGCCCCGCGUGCAUCGGAUGUCAGCAAGACGGUUGACCCUGUCAAGAUUGCAGAGAAGCUUCUAGAUCUACCUGUGACCCUUCCAGUCCGGGAGAUUGCAGGAUGCUCUCGUGAGGUCGCCAGCAGCCUGAUUGACAUGCUCAAGCUCAAGAAGGUUGACACAGUCCCGGUUGCAUCAAUCCUCCCAACGACAAACCUGAUCACGUCACGCACCGGUUCCCUGAUCCGCCUUCAAAUGGAGUGCAACUUCAUGCCAGUCACGUUCAUUGUCGACACGGGGUCUCAGCUCAACAUUAUCAGCGAGGCAGUCUGCAAGAACAUAGUCCGUAGGCCAAUCAACUUGGGUGCAGCCAUAGCAAUGAAGGAUGCCAACGGAGGAACUGGUCACCUUUUGGGGCUAGUUGAGAACAUUCCUCUGAAGCUCGGCCACAUCAGCACGCCAAUCAAUGCCUUCAUUGCAGAGAACCCUCCGUUUGAUGGUCUACUCGGACGACCUUGGCAGCAGGCUCACAAGAUCUCAAUCGUCGAGAAGCCUGAUGGCACGUAUCUGGAGUUCCCGCCGACCUCAGGAUAUCCCAAGUCAGAGAUGCUUGUUGACCCACUCCCCAGUAUGCCGUCGAUGCCAGCAUCAGAAGUCCCAGGAGUCUACGCCACCAUCAAGGAGUGGACAGCCGAUGACAUUGUAGGACCCAUCCAGGACAUCGACCUUGCAUCAGACAGCAGUGCCUCUGACACCUCAGACAGUUCAGACGACCUACCCGACUUGGUCACUAACUCAGAGAGCAGCUCGGAUGAUGACGAGUCCAUCAGAACCCCGUCAAAUGACUCUGAUGAUGAGGAUAGUCCAUUCCUCAAUCCUGACACCGACGAUGCCCGCUACGAUGCAGACGAUGAGGACAUGGAGAGGUCAUGGCACACCCGGAUCCUUCCACCACGAGAAGACAUUAUGGUUCCACUAGCUGGACAGCUGAACACGGUCAUAACACAACCACCGAGCAUGAGAGAAGCACCUCAGACGCCACAGUUCAGUCGCAUCUCACAGACCGGACCGACCACAGUUGCUGCGCACCACUCGUUUAUGUUCCAUGACACCACACAAGAGGAGUUCACCACAUUCCUCCUUCCCAACGCCUCUCUUAGCAACCAAUUUGGAAGCUACCAUGGACAUGUGCUUAUCAGCAUACUGCCAUCCCAGCCAGUACAGCCAAGGGUACCUGUAAACUCGAUCACGAUUGGAAGUGUAGUCCCGAUGGGCCGUCAUCACAUGCAUUAUCUGCCACAGCCUCCACCGCUCAUCAUCCUACGGAUUACCAUUGGUCACUUGGAGAUACCGUUCCUAUUGGACACGGGAUCACAGGUAGACUGCAUCCACACGGACAUAUACAAGGCUCUGGGAGGAUCACUUCAUCGGCCUCACCACAACCUUCGGCUCAUUAAUGCAAAUGGACAGCCACUCAAAGACCGAGGAGUUUGGAGGACACCACUCAAGUUCGGGAGCAUCACAUCUGUCACGGAUCUCCAUAUCGUUGACAACCUCACCACACCAGGCAUUCUUGGCCAGCCAUGGCAGCACCGUAACCAGAUGUGGUUCCGCCAUUCCGCUGAUGGAGUCAUGAUUGGAGUUCGAUCCCAGGAUGGCCGGAAGACAUACUAA